AUGCGGCUGAAUAAUAAUGUGACAGAGUUCAUUCUCCUUGGGUUGACCCAGGAUCCUGUUAGGAAGAAAAUAGUGUUUGUCACUUUCUUGCUUUUCUAUUUGGGGACAUUGCUGGGUAACUUUCUGAUCAUUACUACUAUCAAGACCAGCCGGGCCCUUGGGAGUCCAAUGUACUUUUUCCUUUUCCACUUGUCCUUAUCUGACACCUGUUUCUGUAGUUCUGUAGCCCCUAGAAUGAUUGUGGAUGCCUUUUUGAAGAAGAGCACUAUCUCUUUCAGUGAGUGCAUGAUACAGGUCUUCUCGUUCCAUUUCUUUGGCUGCCUGGAGAUCUUCAUUCUUAUCCUCAUGGCCGCUGACCGCUAUGUGGCCAUCUGUAAGCCCCUGCACUACACAACCAUCAUGAGUCCACGGGUCUGUGCUGUGCUGGUGGCUAUGGCCUGGGUGGGGUCCUGUGUACAUUCUUUAGCUCAGAUUUUUCUGGCCUUGAGUUUACCCUUCUGUGGUCCCAAUGUGAUCGAUCACUAUUUUUGUGACUUGCAGCCAUUGUUGAGACUUGCCUGUACAGACACUUACGUAAUCAACCUACUCUUGGUGUCCAAUAGCGGGGCCAUUUGUACCCUGAGUUUUGUCAUGCUGAUGUGCUCCUAUGUUAACAUCUUGUAUUCUCUGAGAAACCACAGUGCUGAAGGGAGGAGAAAAGCCCUCUCCACCUGUGUCUCCCACAUCAUUGUGGUCAUCUUGUUCUUCGGUCCUUGCAUAUUUAUAUACACACGCCCUGCAACCACCUUCCCCAUGGAUAAGAUGAUAGCUGUGUUUUAUACACUUGGAACACCUUUGAUCAAUCCUCUGAUUUACACGCUGAGGAAUGCAGAAGUGAAAAACGCCAUGAGGAAGUUAUGGAAGAAGAAGUUAAUCUUAGAUGACAAAAGAUGA